UGGAAAACAAUUUGAACACCUGGUUCCUUGAGCGCCGAAGACUUGGUUUCCCUGUUUCCGGUGAGGAUAUUAAAGGGCAAGCUGGAAGAGAAUUUCGGCAAUGGUGGGCAGAGCUUCCGAACGAAACGAAGGCCGAAAGACAAGAACAGAGACCCCUGCGAUACCUUUUCCAUGCAUCUGCACAUUGGCUUAGCAACUUUAUGGAAAGGGUGCCAAGAUCAACAAUGGAAGCGACUGGGUCUCAGAAUGUUGACAUUAGAUCAUCCAAAGGCAACCCGAAACUUGGAUGCACGGUGACUCUAGUAAUUACGACAGACGGACGAAAAGGACGAGCCGAGGUCAACUUCAGAGGCUUGGCACCAGAUGGUGACGUCAUUCGGCAGCUUCAGGCGAAUGCUCCAGACAAUGUGCGAGUAACUGGUAGUCCACAGGGUUGGGCCCGACACCAAUCGCUAAUCGAGUGGUUGCAGGCCCUGGUUGUGCCAUUUGUAGCAGGGGCCACGUUCCUGUUACUUUUAGACAGGUAUCCGGCGCAUCGAAAUCAGCAAUUUCGUGAUGCAAUCACCGCAGAGAAUGGGACAGACACUUUCAUUCCAGGACGAUGUACUUCGCUGCUGCAGCCCUUGGACUUGACCGUAAAGAGGAGCUUCAAGUGUCACCUGAGGACCAUUUGGAAAGUGUGGAAAAUCGGCCACACUGAUGAUCAAGGACAUUGUGAGCGGAUCACCAGGCGGGAUGUGGUCAGGAUGACCAGCCUCGGCUGGGAAAGGGUCACACAACAGACGAUUAUGAACGGUUGGAGAGCCAGUGGCCUAGUUCCUGAGGACGAUGACGAAGUCGGGGAGGGGGUAGAGAUGGUAAAUGAUGAGCUUGAGCAGUUUGUUGAGGGGAUUGAGUUUUCGGAAGGAGAAGAGGAUGAUGAUGUUUUUGAUGAUGACGUGUAAAUCCCGUUUGGAUAAUAAAAUU